AUGUGGAGGUCUGUUCCCAUGGCGACGUGGUCCUUCUGUGAGGUGAUGGCGAGGGUGGGGCUGGCGUCGACGUUGGGUGAUCUCUCCUCCACCUUCUCCUUCUCCUUCUCCUUCUCCGCGCUGGGGGGUGGCCUGGAGGGCUUGGGGGGUUUGGAGACCAUGCUGGAGGAGAACAUCUCUGGGUCCAGGGCGUUUCCGGCCGACGGCAGGGUGCUCUGGGACCUCUCCCAGCCCCCCCCCGUCGGGGGGGCGGCGAGGGGCGGGGCCGGGGGCGGAGCGAUGGAGAUGGAGGCGGGCGUGGCGCUGACCGCCGUGGGGAUGGGGGGCGGGGGGGCGGGGGGUUUGGGGGCUCUCUGCUUAAUGGACCUGACCGGGGCGGGGGGGGACUUGAUCUGGCUCGGGGUCAGGGACUGGAAGUCCGCCUUUUCUCCUUCCAGCCUCGACCGCUCGGCACUGAUCUUCCAGAACGAGGACUCCUCCUCAGGCCGCCGGCCCUCGCUGACAGAAACCUGCACAAUCACACGGAAACACCAACCAAACCCGACCGGGACUUUCUUAACGGAAAUUCGGACCCGCACUAGCCUCGAAACACCGACCCAGGGGUCGUUUAAGUACCUCUUCCCCGAAGUGGACUAUCUUCUGACCCGUCUGGAUGAGCAGUUUCGGGUAGCAGACCACCUCGUCCCGGUCCACCCUGUGCAUGGCGUAUCGGGCUCGGAUGUGGGGGUCCAUCAUCCAGUUGUCGAUGGCCGUGUCCUGUUCCUGGGGCGACAUUUUCUCCCACGACGAGCCGUGCUUGGCCUUGAUUUUCUCCCGCUCCUGCAUGAUCUUUUUGGCCAUGGAGUUGAUGGAGGAGAAGUACUCGAACUUCUUAUCCUCCAUUCGGUAGGAGUCGAGCCCCGCCAUGGUAGCGGCGGCCAUCUUUCUCUGGUGCCAGCUGUUGUUGUUGUGAGGAAAAGGAAGCUGGGACCGGAAGUGGGCGGAGCAAAGCGGGCCAAUCCACAAUGGCGCCAUCUUGUGUCCAUUUAUGAAACGACAGCCCAUAUUGGAGUCGUGGAGGCCGAUCUUCAGGCUGUCGCCGGUGAUCCGCGGGUGCACGGCGAGGGCGGUCGCCGGCACCGUGUUGGACUUCCUCUUUCGCGACCGGCAGCACGCCAGGUAGAAGAUCUCCACCACGUUGAGCAGGACGGAGAUGCAGGACAUCACCAGCAUGAAGAUGAUGAAGAUGGUCUUCUCGGUGGGCCGGGACAUGUAGCACUCCACCGUGAAGGGGCAGGGCUUCCGGGAGCACACGAUCAGGGGCUCCAUGACGAAUCCGUACAGGUAGUACUGGCCCACGAUGAACCCCACCUCCAGGAGGAUCCUGAACACGAUGGAGGUCAUGUAGUUCCCCAGCAGGUUGCCUUUGAUGGUGACGUGGCCCUUCUCGUCCGAGUACUUUGGGUUUUUCUUCACCGUGCCCGUGGAGUUGGAGAGCAGGCGCUCCCUCAUCUUGUUCUCCUUGUGGAUGACGUGGAUGACGUGGCCCAGGUAGAUGAGCGUCGGCGUGGAGACGAAGAUGAUCUGCAGCACCCAGAAGCGGAUGUGGGAGAUGGGGAAGGCGUGGUCGUAGCAGACGUUCUUACAGCCGGGCUGCUUGCUCCAAUAAUCAUGAUCCUGAAGACGAAGAGCACGCUGAGCCAGACCUUCCCCACCACGGUGGAGUGGGACUGCACCUUAUUCAGCAGCGAGGACAGAAAACCCCACUCUCCCAUGAUUCCUGCAAAGCACACAUUCCCUAAACUUAACGCCAGGAUGAACAAUCACCUCCAGAUAUGCACUAGAAGCUAA